AUGCGCUUAGGGGGCGCCCCCGGUGGCGGAGACCCCCUAGCGAUGGGUGCCGGGAACGAUUAUGCCGAGCUGUGCGACCUGGGCCCGUCCCGUUGGAGCUCCAGGAGCGGCUACCAGCAGGUCUCGCCGCCGGUCAAUUCGAUCUACCACCACACUGGCGGCAGUAUCGCUGGUGUCGGCGGCGGCGGCGUCGGCGGUGGCCCCAGCAGCGGGGUCGGUGUCGGUCUCGGGAGCAUCGGCGGGGUCAGUGUCAGUGGGGGCAGCACCGGUGGCGUUGUCGGUGGCCACGGGACCACGAUCCGCUCGAACAGCUUCGAAGCCGAGGACGCGAUCGGUCCGUACGGCAGCACCCGGAUCGGCAACAGCACAAGCUCCUUGCGCGGACGUUCAGGUUUAUAUUAUUCACCACCCGGUACUUCAUAUACAAUAGUAGAAAGAGAAAGACCACACUCUCCUCAUUAUUAUUAUAACACAGCCGGUGUCCCUUCCAAAGGAGGUUCAUUGCCAAGUAGAAGUAGUUAUUUAGACUCAGCUAGUUUAGGUGUUUCAACUGGUGCAGGUACAGUUCCAAAUUCUACCAGACAUAAUGGUAAGAAGCGGCCUAUCUCGCCAGAGCAGGUCCUUAGAAUGUUUAACACAACAAGUUCAUCUUCUUCAGUUCCUACUAGUUAUCAUAGUAAUGGCACGCGAGACCGAGGCCGUCGCAGUCCUGCCAGCAGUCCGCCUUCUACGACCCACCAGAUCUAUCGAGAUCGGGAACGGGAUCGAAGUAUACCGAACAUCCACCAGCUGACUACGCGGACCGUCAACAUGUCCCGUGAUCAGCAAACCGAUGCCAGCCACGGGUUCGGCAUCUGCGUCAAGGGAGGCAAGGAUUCAGGCGUUGGAGUGUACAUAUCGCGGAUAGAGGAAGGAUCGCUUGCGGAACGAGCUGGCCUACGGCCAGGCGAUACGAUACUGGAGGUAAACGGAACGCCGUUCACGUCCAUCAACCACGAAGAAGCGCUCAAGAGAUGUGUGCAGAUCCUGAAAUCAUCACGCCAAAUCAGCAUGACGGUCCGGGCGCCUCCAUCGGCAGCGGCCUCGAUGAUCAACUCCACCGCCCCGCUGCACGGCUUUGGACCGCCGCCGAGUGUCGUGGGUAGCACCAGCCGACUGGCGGCUGCCGUUGCCGAUCCGCUGGGGACUGGCUCGCUGGUCGGAGUUGGGCCCGGAUCGGCCGUCGGACCGAUCGUGAUGCCUGGCGGGGGUGGAGUGAGCGGCUCGGUUGGAGUUUACCCGCCACCACCGAACCGGCAGACGUGCUCCUGGAUGGACCGCCAGGGAAGACCGGCCUCGCCACCGUACGAAUACGGCGGCCGCCGGCCGGAACGGAGAGAUCGAGUUCGGCGAGUUGACCUAGUGAUAGAGCCUGGCCAAUCCCUGGGACUGAUGAUACGGGGAGGCGUCGAGUACGGGCUGGGUAUUUUUAUUACCGGCGUCGACAAGGAUAGCGUUGCGGACCGGGCCGGACUGAUGGUCGGCGAUCAGAUCCUGGAGGUGAACAAUCAAUCAUUCAUGGAUGUAACCCAUGACGAGGCCGUUAGUCAAUUCAAGUUCCACAAACGGAUGUCGCUGCUGGUGCGGGACGUCGGGAAAGUGCCACACUCGUGUACCACCGUUGAGCCAGAACCGUGGGACGCCUACAGUCCGACCGGUGUGCGAACCCGCCGGAAAUGUCCGGUGUCAGCGAUGGUAGAAGAAAAAGCCAGAUCCUUAUUACCUCGUCAUCAUUUUGCUAACUUAUCGUAUUAUAUAGCGGAAUAUGGUGCUAGAGGAAUGACCAUAGAGGCCUUCGUAUCUGUUUUAUUAGAGAUGUUAGAUACACCCGAGAAGCAUACCUUAGUAACAGAAAUAAGAGAGCUAAUUUUUCCUGAAGAUAGAACGCGAUAUGACGAACUUGUAUAUAGGAGAGGGAGAGACAUUUACGGUGAUCCACUAGAUAGGCAUAGGAGAAAAGAUCAUUUACCUCAUUCGCACGACCUGCCGGUUUCCGACACGGAUCUGGAGGUAAUCGAAGCGACCAGAAGAAAUCUCACCGACGACUCCGGUAUCGCGACGGCAAAGACGACGGCUGCGGCAGGAACUCUUCCGGACAUUCGCAAUCGCCCACCGGCACCACUGCCGUACCGACCCCUGUCGGCCGGACCAAUCCUCCACCAUCAUCCGCCCUCAUCGUCAUCGCGCCAUCUAGCGGACAUGGGACCUGGGGGAACGCCAAACCGUGGUGGGUUGGGCUUCGGCGGGGGUACCGCGUCGUCUCCGCCCGCCGGUGGCGUGCUGGGCUUGAACCCGCUGUAUCACCCGAAUCGUCAGAAAAUUUCCUCAUCCUCUAGCGAUGUUGUCAAACAGUUGAAGAAUAAGGAUUACAAUGAUCCGUCGCGACCUAGGAGAGGCAGUGAGACUCAACUGUCGAGGGCGGACUACGACUCGGUAAGUGGGAGCUACUUAGAUGGAUUACGAUCACAUUUAGGUGGUUUAACGCAACGAGUCAAAUCUUGGUACUGGGGAAGACCUCUCGAAUUAGCCACUAAGUUAUCUAGAAGUUUUGAUAUGAAAGAUGAAGGCGGAUCGCUGUUGGGAUCCGAAACGGGUGUCAGACGGCAUCAGUCGAUGCAGCGACUACCGAUGGACCAGAAUGGCUCAUCGCUGGAACCAAGCCAAGACCAGCCACCAAAUAUAGUACCUGACCAUAGAGGAAAUCUACACAUCACAGUGAAAAAAACGAAAGCCAUUCUUGGCAUUGCGAUCGAGGGUGGAGCCAACACCAAGCACCCACUGCCGCGUAUCAUCAACAUUCACGAGCAUGGGGCAGCAUAUGACGCAGGCGGACUGGAGGUAGGACAGCUGAUACUGGAGGUCGACGGUAACAAAGUCGAAGGGUUGCUUCAUCAGGACGUCGCCCGACUGAUAGCGGAAUGUUUCGCCGCACGCGACAAAAACGAAAUUACCUUUCUAGUAGUCGAAGCGAAAAAAUCAAACCUAGAACCGAAACCAACAGCAUUAAUAUUUUUAGAAGCAUAG